AUGAGGACGUCGCGCGUGGCUAGGGAGACCGCACGACUCUUUGAGACUGCGGCCUCGACUUCAACACCGCUCCGGCGAUCAUCCAGAACCUCGACUUUGGCCGCGCGAUUCUCUUACAAUACCAACGCCAGCCCCAGCGCAGCUAUGACAAAGGUCGAAGAAAGCGACGUCGAAGUCGACGAUGACGUCAAACUAUCCCUUGGUUCAGAUAUUGAAGAUGCGAUCACGACAACCAGGGCGGCCAAGCGCCGGCGCACCGUGACCACUGCAGUCACCACACAAACCAUCAACUCUUCGCCUCACCGGCGAACCACUAGAGUAAAGGUAGAGCGCACGGCUGUCAAAUCUGAAGGUGGCUCCGAUUCCGACUUUCUCUCUUCCCUCUCCGACAACGAGGACAUCAAGACCGCCAUCAAGGAAGAGUCCAAGCCCGUCGUGCCCCGCGGCCGCGCUCGAAAACCAGCCCGCCGAGUCACCUCCCCGUCCGGCACGACCACCAUAUCCCCACCUUCCGAUUGGGAGGAGGUUUACAACCUCGUCAAAGAGAUGCGCAUCAACGGCCCAGCCGCCAAUGCCGCGGUUGAUACAAUGGGCUGUGAGCGCCUUGCCGACCCCUCCUCUACAGUCAAAGACCGCCGCUUUCACACACUUGUUGCGUUGAUGCUUUCCUCCCAAACCAAGGAUACCGUCAAUGCUGAAGCGAUGAAGCGUCUUCAUACCGAACUCCCGCCGUUCGAGCCUGGUGCACCAGCUGGGUUGAACCUCAAUAACAUGCUCCACUGCCCCCCUGCCGUUCUGAACGAGCUCAUUGGCAAAGUCGGCUUUCACAACAACAAGACAAAGUACCUACUUCAAACGGCGCAGAUUUUGAAGGACAAGUUCAACGGGGAUAUCCCGCCUACGAUUGAGGGGUUGGUGUCACUGCCAGGUGUAGGGCCCAAGAUGGCGCACUUGUGCAUGAGUGCCGAGAAUGGAUGGAACAGAGUGGAGGGCAUUGGUGUCGAUGUUCACGUUCACCGGAUCACGAACUACUGGGGGUGGAAUGGACCUAAAGAGACCAAGACACCAGAGGAGACGAGAAUGGCGCUGCAGAGCUGGUUGCCCAAGGACAAGUGGAAGGAGAUCAACUGGUUGUUGGUUGGGCUAGGGCAGAGUGUCUGCUUGCCCGUUGGGAGAAGAUGUGGAGACUGUGAGGUUGGAUUGAAGGGGCUGUGCAAGGCGGCGGAUAGGAAGAAGGUGAACGAGGGAAAGAAGAGACGGGAGGGGGUAAAGAAGGAGGAGGAGUUGGUUGAGAAGACUGAGAUCAAGGGGGAUGAUGAGGGUGGAACGGCGGCUAAGAGAGAGCAGCAAAGGGUGGUCAAAAUGGAGGUUGUGGAUGAGGGGAUGCCCCCGCCGCCGAGCGAUACCCAACCCGAGCCGACGCCACAACCUGAUCCCGAGUCGAACGUUGCCAUCCCCUCCGUCGAGCAGGACGUUAAGCCCAUCAUCAAGGAUGAAGAGGAUGUUGAGAUGGCGCGCAGCGUGCCUAUCAAAACUGACGGCGAUGAUCUCGAUGAGGACAUGGUCAAGAAAGAGGAGGAGGAUGCCGUCAGAAUCGAUCAGUCGAGCCACCAACCCGAGGACGUCGAAAUGAGCGAUAGCCCCGAGGUCAAAGUCGGGAUCCAGCUCGAGCCCCGAAGACGUCGUCGUAUCCCCGCUGCGAUCCCCUCCCGAGGCCAAUCUGAAGACCCCCCAUUGGAGGAAUCCGAUGCCGAAGUCAAGGUCGAGCCACGAGCCCGAGGUCAAGGUCGAAGUCAAGACUGA